AAAAAGUAUUUCUCUUAACUUUAUCUGAUUUCUUUAUUAUAUUCUCCUUACGUGACUCUUCGGUAUUCCUCCGAGAUCCCGAUUGUGUCGCCAGUGGCGUUGUUGGGACUAAAGCGUGUAGAUUGGAAAAGUAACUUUUGGACCCUAUAUUUCUCGAGACUCGUUCAUAACGUUAGAAAAGGGAUAAUUUAAGAUGGCAGCUCUUGGAAGACGUCUUAUUCCUUUGAUGGAUAGAAUUCUUGUUGAAAGAUUUGCUGCAGAGACACAAACUAAAAGUGGAAUCAUGAUUCCUGACAAAGCUCAAGCUAAGGUUCAAAGUGGUACUAUAGUAGCUGUAGGUCCUGGAGGCAGGAAUGAAAAAGGAGAAACCAUUCCUGUGAGUGUUAAAGUUGGUGACAAGGUCUUGCUUCCUGACUGGGGAGGUACAAAAGUUGAAGUUGAAGAAAAGGAGUAUUACUUGUUUCGUGACAGCGAUAUCUUAGGAAAAUGGGAAAGUUGAACAAUAAACAACUUAGCUACAUAUCUUUUACAGUACAACAAACAAAAAAUUAAUGUAAAUACUAUUAAGUGUCAUGAGAUAAAUAUGAAAUAUUUUACUAAAAAUUUAGAAGAAAAAAAACCUAACAAACUAGUCCACAUAAGCCUGAGACAUGUGUGAUCCAUACUCCUAAAAUUCAUGUUACUAAAAACUGUUACUUAAAUAUGUUAAUCGAUUUGCUUUUACGUUUGAAUAAAAUGCCAUAAUGUAGUAUAGAUAA